AUGAAGGCUAUUGGCUGGCUCGCCGGGCCUCGCCUCGACCCUCCUAUGACUCGGCGACGCAGCGCAAUGUCUCAGAACGCCGACCAAGCCGCUCGCGAAGCCGCCAAGACCCGGCUUGGCACCGAAGCGACCGCCGUCGCUCCGGCCGAGGCCGCGGCGAAGGCUGCCGCACUCGCCGAGGAGCUCCGGGCUGAGGCCGAAAGAACGUCGCCUCCCCCGCCCAAGAGGCUGAGCUUCGCCAUGGAGCGCUACCUCGGCGAGACACCGGUCCAAGAAGUAUUCAACGGCAUCAAUAAGUGA